AUGGGCUAUUUAUCUUGUAAAGCUGAAUCCACUAUUGCUGUUCAUAAUCCAUCCAAGAAAUCUGAUAAAAUCCAUGGAAAUGAAGAUUUGAUCCACAAGAAAAUUCAACACUUUGACUACAGCGAUUUGGAAGCAGCCACCAAUAAUUUCUCCGACCAGAAACUCCUCGGCCGUGGCAGCCAUGGAUUAGUCUACAAAGCACUCCUCCGCAACGGCCGUCUCGUCGCCGUCAAAAAACCCUCACACCAAAACAACCACCAUUCCGCCAUAUCCGCCGUGCCGGAGAAUGAAGUUGAAAACGAAAUCGACAUCCUCUCCAAACUCCAUAGUCCUCGUCUCGUUAACUUAGUCGGAUUCACAAACACCCCACAUCAGAAUCGGUUACUAGUAGUCGAAUUUAUGAGCAAUGGAACCCUCUACGACACCCUCCAUCUCAGCCAACAGCCGCCCAAUUGGGGCCGGAGAAUUCGGUUAGCUGUACAGACCGCCAAAGCAAUCGAAAUCCUCCAUUCCUCCGUUCCGCCGGUGAUCCACCGUGAUAUUAAAUCAGCCAACGUUCUCAUUGACCGGAAUUUCAAUGCCCGAUUGGGCGAUUUUGGGUUAGCCCUCCGGUGUCACGUCGACGAUUAUCGUCUUUUAUCAACACCACCGGCCGGAACCAUGGGAUACCUUGACCCAGGCUACGUAACCCCAGAUAAUUUAAGCACUAAAACCGACGUUUUUAGCUUUGGAAUUCUCUUAUUAGAGAUCAUUAGCGGCAGAAAAGCCAUUGAUGUCAGCCAUUCGCCACCUUCAAUCGUCGAUUGGGCGAUUCCCCUGAUUAGAAGAGGGAAACUUUUGAGUGUUUUUGAUCCUCGAAUUCCACCGCCGAAAGAUCCCAUGGUCAGAAAGCAGUUGGGGGUGAUUGCAGCCAAAUGUGUAAGAUCUUGCAGGGAAAGGAGACCAUCGAUGAACGAAAUCGUUGAAUCCCUUAGUUUCUUGACGAAAUUGGUUCCUCUCCGAUCAUGGAAUGGUUUAAGUAAUCCCUGUAUGAUGGUGGAGAACGUCGGACGACCGGUGGAGGUGGUUUCUUCUAGGCCAAAAACCGGUGGCGGUGUUGACGAGGGAAAGACACUGAGCAAUCCCAGAAGGGUUUACUCCGAUUUAGGGUUCCGAAACAAUUUGAUGGAUCUUAUGGCUGGAAGGGUUGAGAAUGAAGAAGAUGACACCAUGAAAACACAGGUUCAUCGGAGGUCAAGAUUGAAGAACGAGGGUUCUAGUUUUAGGAGUAUCGUUAGUGGUAAUAAGUUUGAACGUAAUCGAUCCGCCGGAGAGACUUCGGCGAACAUUAGUACAAGAAGAUGUUAUGCAGUCGCUAGAUCAAAAUCUUAUGCUCAAACGAAAGCAUAACAUCUUUUUGCAGAGUCUUUUAUGGAUUGAUUUAGAUUACAUUGUUGGGUUUAUUUAUGCUUAAUCUUUUAAUUGGUAUUGUGAUUAAAUCGACAAGAACAGAUACUUUGCUUGAUCUUAGCCAAAAGGCGGAGAUGGGUGUCUUUUCUUUUUGUAUCUGUUCAUUGUGCAAAGAUAUACAGCAUCUUGUGCAUUUUCUUUUCA